GGAAGGGUUGGGCGAGUCACCAGCGCAGAGGCCGCCUAACUGACUCCGUUUGAAUUGCUCCGUUGUGAGCAGUGAUCGUGAUGUGGCACCCGUCUGCGCUGAACUUAUUCCUUCUCCCAUUGUAUGUUCAAUGUUACCUCUUGAAGGAAGACUGCAAAUGGAAAGUUGUGGUCAACAGAUUUAGCGCCAUCGGGUCUGGCAGAAAUAUCUUCUUAACACAGAAUGAGAUUCGAAAGGUGGCCAAGAUCUUUCAGGAACUGAAGGAUUCCGCUAUCGAUCCUGAUGACAGAAAUGCUCAUUAUUUUGGAUUUCCGUACUACCUGAAAAUGAGUCUGAACUGUGUCAAACAGAACUCUGCAAGAGCGAUUCGGAUGUUGCACUACACCGGUCUUACACCAAUUGUGACUGUCACUUUUCAAGAACCCGUCCACUCUGUACGUCAGAAACGAGAGCAAUUGCAGAUUGCAAUGAAGGCGGCACCUUAUCGGACUGGAGGCAAAUGCGACAGCGAAGAGGUUUGUGAUAUGUCCUGGAUCACGCCCAUGCCGAUGAUGAAUGGCAGUGUAGUGAUGGAGGUCUUGGUGAAGAGCAACGGCCUCGGCGUCCUCAUGGAGGAAGACAGGUUCUCCAUCAACGUCAAUGGCUUUGCGAAGGUUGAUAGGGAGAAAAAGGAGGUCAUAUUCACGAUUGGGACAAAGCUGACCAACCUGAAGGAAUUCCUGUCUCUGAAUGAGGUGUCGCGCCCCCUGUGGACCACUUUCCGCCAUUCCCCUGUGGUCAUCAUUGGUGGUGUGCCCAACAACAAGAUCAUCCUCAUGUCAGAUACGUUCUUUGACGAUUUCUUCCCGAUAGAGGUAGCCAUUGACAGCUGUUGGAUUGGCUCCCUCUCAUGUCCACAGAAGAACUUCUCCUCCUCCAUUUUGGACGCCAUUUCCACAGAAAGCACCCUUUUUAUCCGACAGAACCAGCUGGUCUAUUACUUCACUGGAAGAUAUGACUCCUUAUACAUGGAGACCUCAGGAUCUGAACUGUGGACGCGCAUAUUGAACAACAUCUGUGUGAAGAAGUUGAACCCGGUGCAUUUCUCUGUAAACGAUACUGAAUAUGUGAUUGCCAUUGGAGGUGGUUGGCAGGAAGGAGAAUUCUUCCUGAUCCGUGUGAAAGAUGGCAUUGUGAAGGUCUCUCACUCCAUGAAGUCUAAGAAUGGAACAGUGUGCGAUUUUUUCCAGUUCCAGAAGUGCUCCAUCCUUUGGAUCGUCUUUGUUACUACACACAACCAAUUCAUUCUGCUGGUGAAAGAUGAGAUUAGGCAUCUCUAUUACAUCGUGUUGUACAACCAAGCACAAAGAACAUUUAAGAUGUUGUACCAGCUUCCUAAAUUUGUUCCCAGGGGAUCAGAUAAAGGCUUUGUGAUGUUGCUGGGAACAGAGCAGUAUACAAACCAGACCCUUGUGCCCAGAGGCCUGACCUUUAACCCCUUUAGUAUGAUACUGUACAUCUGGGGGAACGUUAUCUUGCACAGCCAUGAUUUGGUGGAUUAUGUAUAUCUCUCCAGCUUUCCAAGUACUUCCUUUAUCAAAUAUUUUGUUCAUUCGUAUGUUGGGCAGUAUGCCUGUGUGACAGAUAAUGAGGAGAUCUGGGUUUCUCUGGAAGGCAGUUCAUAUCUUAUCCGGAUAUAUCCAUCAGAACCAUGGAAGCUACAUAAAUAUUUACAGAUCAUUGGGAAAUCGCUUGACUAUGAGGAUAAAGAGGCCACCAUCAGUGUUUUCUACGACCGAGAGGGCCUGCAACAGCUGCUCUAUUUAGAGGAUAAAAAGGGCAAUGCGAAAGUGAUCAAGAGGCCAGUCCCGCUGCAUUACGUCCUGACGUACAGGCAUUUGACAGAUGUCCCUUACCAUCAAUUGACAUAUCAGGGAAAAGAAUACAUCCGAUUCACCCACCGCUGUCCAUUUGCUGUGUUGCGCAUUGUGGACCAGCCGUUCCCACAGGCCUUCACCCGGAUGGAACAUUACCGUGCAGAGGCGCCGGAUGUCAUGGAUCCCACUGGGUUCCAUAACCUUAACUCGUUGGCUGUGUACCAAGGCUUGAUCUUCCAGCUGCUCUGGCUGCAUUCGGCUUACAACAGACCUUACGCAGACCCAGUCCAUGACCCCACAUGGCGUUGGUGGAAGAACAAAAAACAGGACGCAGAGUACUACUUCUACGUGGCGGGAAACAGGAACUCCUCGGGGGGCGUAUACGUCGACAUGGCCGAUUACGACAAGGUCUACAAGCUAAAGCCAAAUAACGUACUGCCUCCACAAAUCUAUCUGGAUAAGAAUAAUACCUACACCUUCUUCGUCUUCUUGAGCAUCCGGACAACCAAACAGAGCCUGGGGGAGACUGCAGCAGAAAAUUCCCUCAACUUUGUGUGGCUCACCCUCAUUUUAUCUCAUGCAAAAUUUUUCAUUGCGAAACUGCGGAGACAGGAGCUCAUCAGUAGAGGGUCGGUUCUAUACGAAGUGACGCUCACUGACACCGGCAUGUUUCCGCACCAAGACCUCAGUGGGAAAAACCUCCUGAAGGGGUCCAUAAUUUUAAAAGUGGCUCAUUCCUCACUGAACUGCUACCACUACACAUCCAAGGGGCCACGGAUAAAGGGCAACAGCGUGAUGGGUGUCAAUAUCGGCUGCCCCCCAGGCAAGAGGUUGGCCUUUGACAUCACAGGCACUAUGCAGUACAUCACCAAAAAAAAUAAGCGAUACUUUGACUGUGUCAACCCGGACCCCGAGAUGCCCUGCUUCUUCUUUAGUGAUGUGUUCCGCCCUUUGUUUUUGAUCCAAGACAUGGUGACUGGACACUCGGGUCCGUUCCAGGGAGGCUACGUCUUCAAGGUCAUUGGCGGGGGACCGUUUUCACAGAAGGCGAUCCGCUACUUCAGCGAUGAGGAGAUUCUACGCUACAACUCAGUGCAUGGCAGCAAAACACAGAGUCUGAUCUGGCUUAAGGAGAACUUAGAUAACAAAACAGAUUCUGAAGGUUUCCAUAUCCUUUCUGAGGCCAGCUCUGGGAUUAUGUUCGUCUGCCAGAAGAAUUCGGCAUGUUACGAUAUCGUUCCCAAGGAUAUGAGCGCUCCCGAUUACUUCUUUUUGGUGAAGGUGUCAAACAGAGGUGUGGACCAGACCACCUACUGUGACUACGCUUUGGAGUUCAUCAUCCACAUCCACGGCCUGCGCCUCAGCCCCACCCGGGCCAUCUUCCUCAUGAAGGUUUCUCUAGUCUCAGUAAUUGGCAUGGUGUUUGCAUACAUGUUUAUUCGCAUUGUGGGCCCCAGCAUCAAGAACUAUUUUCAUUCCCUGUACAAGAAAGUCGAGGAGGCCAUUGUUUUUCGGGCUGAAUCCAGCCUCACCUUCACGUCUUCGUUCACCAGUCAAAGUUCCCUGUCCAACUUACGCUCCCCAUCUGACAGCAGCAACCAAACCUCACCACGAUCACUCCAUGCAGAAAAUCUGUAACACCACUCAGGACUUGCGAGCUCUUUUGUCUGUUGCCAGGGGAACUUAACGCAUCAAGUUUCUUCUUCCUCUACGCUCCUUGUCAUAGUGGGGCAACCUGUGUCAUUCACAACGUGAAUUAUAUCUCCUUGCCCUGGUACUUUCCUGGCAGCUAAAAUGUGAUCCUGGGAACUGUGGUAGAGUUAAACCAAGCAGUGCUGGGAGGGUAAAAGUCAGAACCUGCCAUCUGAUGCUGUACAUGCGGCUCCUGGCCUGCUUUGGAUUUUAUUGUGCCUGUGUAAGCAGUUUGCCCAAGGAUGGGGCAGCAUUUGUAUCUCUGUCCAGUUUAUUCCUAGGUCUUUCUCAAGGAGGUGAACAUCCUCUCGUCUUUUAACUUGUGAACACUUGCUCUGCCUGAACCCACAACCCACAAUUUGGCUCUGCCUCCUCUGACUGAAUCGUGCAAAGGGUUUCCUCCUUUCUGCUUGUGAGUUCCUGAAGCAGAUGGCUUCUGGAGUUAGACAGCCAGCUUGGAUGCAAUUAUUCCACUUUAGCUUUCUAGGUCAGAAAUACAAGAACUUGUGCCAUGUAGUGGGGGCCACCUAUAUAGCUUGCUGGCAGAUGAGCCCCAUGAGUCAGGUCUUGAUACUAAUAACUGGCAAGACUACGAGCAACUUGCUUGGUUGACCCCUUGCAGAAGGCAUCUCCUCACGGGUGAGCCAGAGAAAGCUGUAUGUUGCCUGCAAAACUGUUCAGAUACUUGAGAGGAAACUGCCUGGGCUUAACCGUCUAUUUAGAGCAGUAUCAAACGUGGUUGCAAAUCUCGUUCAGCAGAAUCGUUGACUGUGUGUUGGCAAUUUGCAAAAGGACAGAAAUCCUUUGCACUUCCCUUCAGUUUAUUCCAAGGAGGCGGAUGUCUUUUCAAUUUCUGCAUAAGAUUUUUUGUUGCCUUUCUAAUUUAUGUGCAUUUGCCUCUUUGUUUUCC